GCAUUCGGCACCAUAGCGACGUAUACAAUGCGGCUUUCACUCCUCACCUCACACGUGAUACCGCGUCUCCGUCACCUACGCUUUUACUCUCCUCACCUUCGUAGACUAUACAGGAUGGAGGACAGGAAGGUGGUGGUGACGCACGACGAGGAAUCCAUGACGGUGGGGCUGUCAUUCAGGUAUCAGUGUUGUAAUACAGACAGGACGUUCAACUUGAAACGUUCCAGUGAGGAGGAGCUGAGCAGUGUAUUGGCAAGGAUCAGCUGCAAUAUACAGAAGGUCUUAGACAAGAAGAAGAAGAGGAACGAAGAUCCUGCCCCCGUUGUUCCCAUUGAUAUAAAGACACAAGCAGGGGAGAGUGUGAGCAAGGACAUGAGUUGCCAUGAGUGCUUCGUGGCUCGGGCAGACCAUCAUUUCCUGGAUAUUGGUGAAAAAUCGUAUAGUCUAGAUGUGAAUCCCCCAAUUGUGAAAGCCCUUGAGCUCCCCAAAUGCAUCAUGGCUGGCUUUCCUCUCUAUCCUAGCAAGUUAGAAGUGACCAAUGGAGUGAAUGAGGACAGUUCAUUCACGUGGUACAAGAGUGAUAAUAAGUUUAGUAGUAUGGAGGAGUGCAAGUCGAAGAUGAACAAGAUCAAUUGGGUGGAAAUGUCAACAGGAUACACGUGUUUCACUGAAAAUGAUGAUAUUGGAAGAUUAUUGAAGGUAGUGAUGAGUCCCAGACGAGGUGAGCGGUGUGGAGAGGACACGGAGGCUGUGGCAUCUGUGUUGGUGUCAGCUGGGCCAGGUCCAUGCCCCUUUGAGCGCCGCCACCAAGUCACCAAGGACCAGGCGGGCCAGAAUUGUUUGCGUGUGAUCUCCUACAACAUCUUGGCUGACCAGUAUGCAGACAGUGAGUUUGCCCGCACCAACCUUUUCCCCUCUUGCCCGUCCUAUGCCAUUGAUAUGGACUAUAGGAAACAGCUCCUUGUCAAAGAAAUCUUAGGUUAUAAUGGGGAUUUGAUCUGUCUACAAGAAGUUGAUGAGAAGGUGUUUGUGCAUGAUUUGCAAGUUGCAUUGAGGAAGGACAGUCUUGAGGGUGUGUAUGCAGCCAAGGGUGGAACUGUCACUGAAGGCGUGGCGCUCUUCUAUCGCCUCACAAAACUAAGAUUACUGGAGACUCAGCGGUUCAUCCUGAGUAAAGAGCUGGAGACCAAUGUAUUAUUUGCUGAGAUAUGGCAACAAAUACAGUGUUCUGAAGACCUCAAGGAGAAAGUUGUCAAUCGAUUCACUUGUCUGCAGGUGAGUGUGCUGGAGAGUGUGGAGAAUCCCAAGCAUCUGGUGGUGGUUGGGGUGACUCAUCUAUACUUCAGACCUGAGGCAGAUCACAUUCGUCUCCUGCAGGCGGGUGUGGGUCUCCAGAUCCUGCAACAAGUCAUGGCUCUCUAUCAGAACAAGUAUCCAGAGAAGGAAGUGUCAAUGUUGUUUGCCGGGGAUUUCAACAGCACUCCAGAGUUUGACGUGUAUCGCCUCAUGACCUCCCAGAUGGCAAGCUUUAAUGACAUUGACUGGUCUGACAAGGAAAAUGAACGUGUAUCAGGUGUCAACUUUGGCCAUGACCUUGAGUUGGCCAGUGCUUGUGGCUGCCCACCUUAUACCAAUUACACCAAAGACUUCUAUGGCUGCCUGGAUUAUAUCUACUACCAAACUGACAAAUUCUCAGUCAAACAAGUGGUGGAACUGCCAAGCCAUGAGGAGGUGAUACAACACGAAUUCCUCCCGAGCAUCACCAUUCCAUCAGAUCAUCUUGCCAUCAUAGCUGAUUUAGAAUUUAAAAGGAAAGAUUGCUGCAGUGCAGGAGAAUAAGAAUACAAUACAUGUACUUUAAACAAGCUUCUGAGAUUGUUAAUUGUUAUUUAUGUGGAAUAUAAAUCCUGGUAUUUGAUCUACAAGUAAAACGAAAUGUAAGAUAUAAAGGUAAAUAUAUACAAAUGCAUAUGUA